AUGUUCAGAUACACAGAGGAAGAGCUUUUGCAAUUGAAGCCUGAGGUUGACGUUCCUGUGAACUUCGACAUUGACUCAUUCAGAGCUAUCAUCGACAAAGUUAAGGAAAUCCAAGGCCUACAAGAGGAAGAGUACCAACAAUUCCACCGCAGAAGAUCUUCUCACCACCAUGGCAGACCAAAGAUUAAGCACACAAAGCCUAAGAUUACCACCGAUUCAGACGGGUGGUCCACUUUCGAGAACACUGUUGCGAGAAGAAAGUCGAAUGCAGCUGGCAACGGUAGCGAGGAGGACUUGCCCGUUAAGGAGCAGCCAGUGAUUGCUCAGGAAACGUUGAAGGUUAAGCCCAACAAAAACAUUACUUCCACAAAGCCGGCUGAUGCCAGAGAUAUCGUGACUGACAAGGCUGUCAACAACUUUAACGCCUUUGCUGCUCUGGAAAGCGACGAGGAAGACGAGUAG